AUGGCGACUGCCACGCGAAAUAAAAAGGCAAAGCAGCUCAAACAUCUGCACGCCAGGCGUGCCUAUAUUGUGGGAUCCAUUGAUUUGAUUCGUGAUUUCGAGGAAACGUUUGACGAAUCAAAAUCAUCCGAAAUUCCUUUCCGCAUUGAGCGGCUCGAUAAACUGAUUGAUGAGCUCGAAGGCAUUGAAACCGAGCUCGAUUCUAUGCGGUGCGGUGAUCCCAUAUUUUCAGAAUCCCGCGCAGAGUUGCAGACACUGUAUUUUCGCCUAAAAGGCUCUUUAACUAGCAAACUGCCCGUCACUCGCCCAGUUUCUCCCAGCGUCCCAGUGAUUGAUACUACUAAUGUACCUUCUGGUAUGCGUCUCCCGGAGCUGAGACUUCCUGAGUUUGAUGGGAACCCUGGAGAAUGGGCUGGUUUCCACGAUUUGUUUAAAGCGAUGAUCCAUGAUAAUGUUUCGCUUUCAAACAUCCAAAAGCUACACUAUCUUCGAGCAUCAUUGAAAGGGGACGCAGCUCGCAUCAUUUGCUCUCUUCCAAUAGCAUCCACCAGUUAUGCUGUUGCCUGGAAGAUAAUUUCCGAUCGCUACGAAGAUAAAAAUUUGCUCAUAAAGCAACAUAUUUCUGCCUUGUUUUCCACCACACCUCUUCGGAAUGAAUCAGCAAGUGAGUUAUCGGAUCUUGCUGAUGAGUUCGAAAAACACGUUCAAAUUUUGGAUUCACUGGAAACUAAGGCGCAGCAUUGGGAUUCUGUGUUGGUGGAGCUUCUUUUUAGCCGGAUGGACACCAACGCGCAGAAGUUGUGGGAAAAUCAGCGGGACAAAACCAAACGUCCGUCGUACGAAGAACUAGUGAAAUUUAUACACGAGCAUUCAAGGACUCUUCAGUCACUCAAGCUCUCCCAAACAGCUAUUUCUUUUGCGGAGUCAAAGUCUCCCAAGCCACGCUCGGUAGCCAACCACUCUACCUUGGAGCACACUCCGAAGUGUGCUGCGUGCAAACAAAGUCAUUACUUAUUUCAAUGCGAGCAUUUUCGAUCACGAACUCCUCAGCAACGUUUUGAGUUAGUUAAACGAAACGGGUUAUGCAUUAACUGCCUGAAAGCCACCCACCUGGCCAAAAAUUGUACUAGCGGUUCUUGCAAAUACUGUCAACAGAAGCAUCAUACACUGCUUCAUCUUCCUCCUUCUCCCACAUUGCUCGCAACGGAAGCUCCACCACACAGGCAACCUGCAGCAGUAUCGAUGCUCCAGCAGCAGCCGCAGUUUGCAAACAAAAUGUCGCAUUCUCCUUCCGUUGCGCUAUUAAGUGACUCCGUCGUCACUUCGGUCGAUCAUUCGGUUUCGUUGUCGUCGCCGCCGAUAUUCGCGCCCUUCCCCGCUCCGUCCGGUACAGUCGCACCUUCCACCAAUAUCUGUCAAACAGUUGCACCUGUCUCUAGAGGUGAUUCCACUGUAUUGCUAUUCACUGCUCUUGUCAAAGUUCGGGACAAUCUCGGACAAUACCAGCUCGCUCGUGCCCUUUUAGACAGUGGAUCACAAUCAAAUUUCGUUUCUGAAUCAUUGUGUCAACGCCUAGCAUUGAGGCGCAGUAAAGUAAACAUGCCAGUUAGUGGCAUCGGCCAAGCCAUUGUGAAUGUGCGAUAUUCAGUGUCAGUGCAAUUAUCAUCUCGUUUCGGAUCACUUGAGCACAGUUUGGACUGUCUGGUGCUGCCAAAUCUAACCGUCAAUCUGCCAACUAGGACGGUAGACAUCAGUGCAUGGAAUGUCCCCAAACACUUGCCAUUGGCGGACCCACAAUUCAACGUUUGCAAUGGCAUUGACAUCAUCGUUGGGGCUGAGCUGUUCUCCAUGAUCCUGCAAGCGGAGCAAAUUUGCUUUAACGCACACCUUCCGGUUCUACAGAAGACCAGCCUGGGAUACAUCAUCGCCGGAAAAGUACCGACCAGUUCACCUACAUCUGUUACGUGUCUAGUUUCUACUGUCGAAAGUCUAGAUGCUCAAGUUAAGAAAUUCUGGGAAGUGGAGAACUUCGAUCAAGGUAAGGUUUACAGCGCCGAUCGUGAAGGUGCCUUGGAACAGCAGUGUGAAACCCAUUUUGCAAGGACGCAUAGCCGGAAUGCUGAGGGACGCUAUGUAGUGCGGCUUCCUGUUCGCCAAGAAAUGUUGCCUCUAAUUGGCGAAACGUGGUCCACGGCCGCUCGAAGACUCAACGCUGUGGAAAAACGCUUCCGUGCCGACGCUUCUCUUCGCUCCAGUUACGUGCAGUUCAUGGAAGAAUAUCAGCAGCUCAGUCACAUGGAGGAGGUGCAGACUCGCGUCGCGUUGCCCCAGUUUUUCUUGCCCCACCACGCAAUCUCUCGUCCCGAUUCAUCAACCACAAAAACAAGAGUCGUGUUCGAUGGGUCAUGCAAGAGUAGCAAUCAUCUUUCAUUGAACGACUUGCUGCUUACAGGUCCAACGGUACAACCUACUCUCUUGGCCAUCGUUCUCAACUUUCGCCUCCAUCGAUACGUCAUGACAGCGGACAUAGAAAAAAUGUACCGACAAAUCUUGGUACAUCCCGACGAUCGACCACUACAACAAAUACUUUGGCGCCAGCAUGAGGCCGAUCCUAUUAGACAGUACCGUUUGAACACUGUUACUUACGGUACCUCAUGUGCGCCUUUUCUCGCGACAAGGACUCUGAACCAGCUUGCAGAAGACGACGGCAAGGAUUUUCCACUAGCAGCGCCGAUCGUGAAGGAAGGCUUCUAUGUAGACGAUCUGCUGACUGGAUCCGACAGCUUGGAAGCCAUAGUGGAAUCAAGUAAACAGUUGAUCAGUUCACUCAGCCGAGCGGGAUUCCCACUCAGGAAGUGGAGUGCCAACCACCCGGCCAUUUUAGAACACAUUCCGGAAAAGGGCCGUGAAACGUUAACAGUACUAGAGCUUGACCAAUCACCUUCAAUUAAAACUCUGGGUCUUUUAUGGUUUCCAUCGGAUGAUACGUUCGGUUUCAAGGUUCCUCAGCUACCAAAACUUGACAGAGUGACUAAACGCAUCGCUCUCUCUGAGAUGUCUCAACUUUUCGAUCCUUUGGGCCUCGUCGGACCAGUAGUCGCCAGUGCCAAAAUGUUCGUUCAGCAGUUGUGGCAGGAGAAUCUGAAUUGGGACGAUGAGCUUCCGAAUAAGUUACAAUCCUGGUGGCUGUCCUUCCGAGCAUCCAUUGGAGUCAUAAAAAAUCUUCGUGUGCCUAGAUGGGUUCUAGGCUCUCCUUCUGAUUGCUACGAUCUUCAUUGCUUCACGGAUGCUUCUGAGAAGGGAUACGGGUGCUGCAUUUACGUCGUUUCAACUGCCGGUAGUACAAAAGCUAGCCACCUUCUUAUCGCCAAGUCUCGUGUAGCUCCAGCAGGUGGGCUCAGCAUUCCACGUUUGGAACUGUGUGCUGCUGUCCUGGGAAGCCAAUUAGCUGAUAGUGUUCUCAAUUCGACUAAAUUUACUGGAAAGGUGACGUUUUGGACAGAUUCCACCAUUGUCCUUCACUGGAUAACUUCCCCACCUUCUACAUGGAAGGUAUUCGUGUCAAACCGCAUCGCAGAAAUUCAACGGCUUACUAAGAACUUCCAGUGGCGUCACAUCCCUACCACAGACAAUCCAGCAGAUCGAAUAUCAAGAGGAGCAGAGCCCCAGCAGCUACUGCAGGAUAUUCUUUGGUGGAGUGGACCACCUUGCCUGUUACUUUCAGCGGAAGAUUGGCCAGAUUCAAUUUUCGCAUUGUCACCAUCUAUGAUUGAGCAGCAAGUGACCGAACGCAAGUCAACCGUGGCCCUUCAUGUGCAUUCUCCUGAUGAUUCACUGAUCCAUGCAUAUUCAGAACUUGCUCCACUGCUGAGGAUUACAGCUUACUGCAAGCGAUUCGCAUCUAACUGUAGAGCUGCCAAACAAGAUCGUAAUUCAGGAAAGAUAACGCUACACGAAUACGAUAAUGCUCUAAAAUCGCUCAUCAGCCUUUCGCAACAAACUGCCUUCAACGUGGAGCUGCAAUACUUGCGUUGUCAAGAUGGAGGCAAACGUUCACUAAGGGAUGCUCAAUUUAAGUCGCCCAUCAAGAACCUCGAUUUGAUGUUUGAUUCAAUAGGUCUACUUCGCAUCCAUGGACGUCUUUCGGAGCUACCAGGAUCCUACGAUCGUUUCCCGAUGGUCUUACCGGCUGAUCAUCAUCUCUCAAAACUGAUUGCUAGAUCCAUCCAUCAUCAAACACUUCAUGCCGGACCUACGCAACUACUCGCGACAAUCAGGCAGCGCUUCUGGCCAGUUCGUGGCAGGGACCUUGCUCGAAGGACAGUCCACCAUUGCGUGACGUGUUUCCGUUGUCGUCCAAAGUUAAGUGAGCAGUACAUGGCACCAUUGCCUGCUACGCGCAUUACACCAGCGAAAGUGUUCGAACAUACGGGGCUGGAUUACUGUGGGCCGUUUCUCGUUCGACAACUCGCGGGAAGGGGCGCUUCGGUAAAAGUCUGGGUCGCAGUGUACGUUUGUUUCGCCGUAAAAGCCGUGGUGCUAGACAUCGUCGCCGGGUUGUCAGCAGCCGCGUGUGUCAAUUCGCUUAGACGCUUCGUCAGUCGAAUCGGGCGCGUUCGCGUAAUACACUGCGAUAACAGCACCUCGUUCGUCGGCGCGUUUCGCGAAGUUAAGGAGAUGCGACAACAAUUCAUCGAACAGCUGAAAUCCAGUCAUUGGGCGAACGAGUGCUUGGAGAAAGGCAUUGAAUUCCAGUUUAUUCCCCCGCGAGCACCGUACUUCGGCGGGUUAUGUGUUACGUAUCGGUUUGUAACGUUUACUUGUGGUGGUGGGGCCACACUGUACUCACCAGCUAUUAGGGUCGUUUCACGGUUGUCUCCUGGAGAAAUUCACACUGGGCGGACUUUUCUUCCCACACUAUGGUCACUGAGCGAAUCGUAA